GUCCCCGCGCCGGGUAAGAGGUCACCCUUUCGUGCGUGCAGGUGACCCUGGCGUGGCUGUGAGAGGAUGUAAAGUAGUUUGAGGGCGAGAGGCGCGAGCUCUUGAGGGCUACGUGGGGAGAUCUAGAACCCGGACACAGCCGGGCCGGGUGCGUGGUGGGGCAGGCGCCGUGGCGCGGGAGCUGGAAAACCGCGGGUUCGGCUUCGUGAGGAACCAGUGUUCUUCAUUUUAAGGCCAAGAUUUGACAGUAUUCAUCUCCAGAGCACCCAGUCCUCCUUCAGCAUUCCCGGUACAACUGUUAUGUUGAUGAUGGAUGGGGAAGAGGAUGAUUUAUCUCUGCUGACAGCCCUGCUGGAGGAGAACCAGUCAGCCUUGGCUUGCCAUGCAGAAGAGAGGAGCUGCUUGUCCCAGGAAAAUGGGGGACCUGAUGAGUAUGAUGAGCUCUUUGAUGCUGACGGUGAUGGGGAAUCGUACACAGAAGAGGCUGUGGAUGAAGAUGCAGGAAACACAGGAGUCCAGAAAGAAAAUUUGGCCACUCUCUUUGGAGAUGUGGGGGACCUUACAGAUGAAGAACUUCCUGUACUGCAGCCAGCUGAAAACAAAGUCCUCCCUGCUCCUGCUCCUAAUCAAGAGAAAACGAAUCAGCAGCUGCAAGAUGAAUUAAGAAAGUUGCAAGAGCAAAUGAAGUCCUUACAAGAACAGCUAAAAGCAGCCUCAGUCAAACAGCCUGAGAGUCCAGCCUCUCUGCAGAAAUCCCCUAACUUGGACAAUAACAGUAAGACUACACAGCCCCCACUUAAGGAGAAGAAAGUUCAGAGAAUUCAGGAGUCGGCAUGCUUUUCUGCGGAGCUUGAUGUCCCUGUUCUACCCAGAACUAAGCGGGUAGCCCGGAUGCCAAAGACCUCUCCAGAACCCAAAAGUUCAUGUCCAAGGAUGACAAAUGCACCCUCACAGCCACCUCAUGGAAAGACCACUCCCGAGAAGAAACACAGUGGGGUGGCCCUGGGGUCCCCAGGGCACUUGGGGGAGUCAGUUCAGCAGGUCUCCAUGGAAUCCUUCUCUGGCCUGCGGCUCAGGCGACCCCGAGUGUCUUCCACAGAGAUGAGCAAGAAAAUGGUUGGCCGAAAACUGAUUAGGUUGUCACAGAUCAAGGAAAGGAUGGCAACUGAGAAGCUGGAAGAAAUGGACUGGGUGACGUUUGGGGUUAUUUUGAAGAAAGUUACCCCACAGAGUACUAAUAGUGGAAAAACAUUUAGCAUCUGGCGAUUGAAUGAUCUUCAUGAUCUGACACGUUGUGUGUCACUGUUCUUGUUUGGAGAAGUUCACAGAGAACUCUGGAAGACAGAGCAAGGCACUGUGGUGGGGCUGCUGAAUGCCAACCCUAUGAAGCCCAAGGAUGGUUCAGAGGAGGUGUGCCUAUCCAUCGAUCAUCCUCAGAAGAUCUUAAUCAUGGGUGAAGCUCUUGACCUGGGAACCUGUAAGGCCAAGAAGAAAAAUGGGGAGCCAUGUACACAGACAGUUAAUUUGCAUGACUGUGAGUACUGCCAGUACCACGUCCAGGCCCAGUACAAGAAGCUCAGUGCUAAGCGAGCUGAUCUACAGUCUACCUUCUCAGGAGGACGAAUUCCAAAGAAGUUUGCCCGCAAAGGCACCAGCCUGAAAGAGCGACUGUGUCAAGAUGGUUUUUACUAUGGAGGAAUUUCUUCAGAAUCCUAUGCAGCCUCCAUUGCAGCAGCUGUUGCUCCUAAAAAGAAGAUCCAAACCACUCUGACCAAUCUGGUUGUGAAGGGCACAAGCUCCAUCAUUCAGGAAGCGCAGCAAAAACUUGGAAUACCACAGAAGAGCUUGUCUUGUUCCGAGGAAUUCAGGGAACUGAUGGACCUGCCAACGUUUGGAGCCAGAAACUUGAAGCAUUUAGCGAAAGCUAAGACUUCAGGAAUCCUGGGGAGCCCGAAACCUGCCAUCCAGUCUAUCUCAGCAUCAGCCCUCCUGAAGCAGCAGAAGCAGCAGAUGUUGGAGUUAAGGAAGAGGAAAUCUGAAGAAAUACAGAGGCGAUUUCUCCAAAGCUCCAGUGAAGUCGGGAGUCCAGCGGUACCUAGCUCAUCUCAACAGCUGCCUACCUGGUCUGCACAGAUGGGCACUGAGUUCCCUGUGCAGGAAGGAGCCACUGCCCCACAGAUGCCCAAGCUUGGGCGCGGCAUCGUGAAAGGUGAUGAUGUUCUGUUCUUUGAUGAGUCACCACCACCACGACCAAAGCUGAGUGCAUUAGCAGAAGCUAAGAAGUUGGCUGCUAUUGCUAAAUUAAGGGCAAAAGGCCAAAUUCUUACAAAAACAAAUCCAAACAACAUUGCAAGGAAGCAGAAGAACCUCCAGGAUGUACAAGAAGUAAAAGAACGCGUAGAAAAAAACAACACAUCUUCUAAAGCUGAGGAUGAUUUGGAGCCUGCUGAGAAGAGAAGGAGAGAGCAGCUUGCCUACCUGGAAUCUGAAGAAUUUCAGAGAAUUCUACAGGCCAAAUCAAAGCACACAGGCAUCCUGAAAGAGGCUGAGGCUGAGCUCCAAGAACCCUAUUUUGAGCCAUUGGUGAAAAAAGAACAAAUGGAAGAGAAAAUGAGGAACAUCAGAGAAGUGAAGUGUCGAGUGGUGACCUGUAAGACGUGUGCCUACACCCACUUCAAGCCUUUGGAGACCUGUGUCAGCGAGCAGCAUGACUACUACUGGCACGAUGGCCUGAAGAGAUUUUUCAAAUGUCCCUGUGGAAACAGAAGCAUCUCUCUGGACCGGCUCCCCCAGAAACACUGCAGUAAUUGUGGCCUCUACAAAUGGGAACGGGAUGGAAUGCUAAAGGAAAAGACUGGUCCAAAGAUAGGAGGAGAAACACUGUUACCAAGAGGAGAAGAACAUGGCAAAUUCCUAAAUAGCCUUAAAUGACCCUAGCCGCAGAGGUUGUCCCACAGUCUCCCUUGCUGCUUGUGACACAAAAAGCAAUGGCUCGGCCCUGGGGUGCCUGUGUUCCUGAUCGCCAUCUCCCCAAACAAGUGCUUGUUAAGCCCAUGAGCUCCAUCUUCUUGUUAUCUCCACUAUGGUUGACACCAAGUUUAAUGUUGGAAAAAUCAAGAUACCAUGGUGUUUCCUGCUCUUACUUCAGAGGACUGCACUGCUGCAUUCAGAGUUUGGCCCAUAUACCAGAAGGUAAAGGCCAGGCCAGGUCUUAUGUAUAGAGGGUGUGCUCCAAAGUGCCCCAUUUCUGUGGACACUGGAGGCGAAAGCAUUAAUUUAGCUUAAUCCCCACCCUAGUUAAGUCACUCAGUUUCUGGGCUUUGUUCUGUUUGUGUAAACUUAGGAAGAUCAGAUGAAAUGAUCGUGAAAUACAUCUUUCAGCCCUGAAAUUCUACAAAUAUAACUUAUUUUCAUCAGCAUAUGUAACUUUUCCAUAUGAUAUUGCCCUAAAGUGUAGUCUCUGCUUUUACAAUGUUUUGGAGCUCUGUAAAGCAGAAGCCUAAAAUCUCAUCAUUUGUACAUACGAAUUCAUCUCAGUGUGACAGAAACUUUGACACCUCUAACCAAAACAGGUACAGAAUUUUAAAUGCUGUGAAGCAUGACCUUAAACAGAAACUAAAGAGACCAUCACAUGAAAUUUGGGAAUUCCAGAUAUACUUCGUUACAGCAAGAAUUUUAGCAGUCAAACACAAUGGAAAUGAAAACAAAAUUUAUAGGCGAUUCCUCUGCCUGGACAACCUGAUUUUCCAGAUAGCACUUGAUGUAAGUGAAUGCCGGGACUACAUAAAGGUUGGAUAUGUCAGUGGGACUAUUGUCCUGGAAUUUGAACUCUAGCUGGAAAUAGUUUCUUCCAAGAUGGUUUUUAUGUUACAGCACAUACAGAAGGUCGUUAUGGCAGAUAGUUGAUCUAGGUUCUCAAGAGCCAAAAAUAAAAUCCAUAUGUCCUAAGAUUUCAUAAAACUGCUCUUGCUCUGUAUGGACAGAAGGGGCUGCAUCUGACCUUUGUACUUUCCUGGGAUUACUUCUUAAUAGCAGUGCUUUUUUUGUUAUUUUUUAAUUUGUCUUUAAAACAAAGAAUAAAGUGAUGAUUAGUCAAAAACAUUUGAAACCUCAGUAUUUUUCAUGGUGCAUUUAGAAUAGACUUGUGUGUGUCUCAUAAAUUUGAAAACGACAGUGCAUACAACAUAGAUCACCGCUAUAUAAACUUAACUGUUCAGUGGAACAAUCACUUUCCUAUGGGAAAACUUUUACAUCUUGUAGGGGUUUUCUAACUGGUA